AUGUCGCACUCUCACGACGGCCAGACUCAUUCCCAUGAUGGCUUCAAUGCUCAGGAGCAUGGCCACUCCCAUGAGAUUCUCGAUGGUCCUGGUAGCUUCCUAGGUCGUGAGAUGCCCAUCGUUGAGGGACGAGAGUGGUCAGAGCGAGCCUUCACGAUUGGCAUUGGAGGUCCCGUCGGAUCCGGAAAGACCGCUCUCAUGCUCGCCCUCUCCCUCGCUCUUCGAAAGGAAUACUCUCUCGCCGCUGUGACAAAUGACAUCUUCACCCGCGAAGACGCAGAGUUCCUUACCCGCAACAAGGCUCUUCCACCUCCUCGUAUCCGUGCCAUUGAGACUGGUGGCUGCCCUCACGCCGCUGUCCGAGAGGAUAUUUCUCAGAACCUUGCUGCAUUGGAAGACUUGCACCGCGAGUUCGACACCGAUUUGCUUCUCAUUGAGUCUGGAGGUGACAACCUCGCAGCGAACUACAGCCGCGAACUGGCCGACUUCAUCAUUUACGUUAUCGACGUCAGCGGUGGCGACAAGAUCCCCAGAAAGGGUGGACCUGGUAUUACGCAGAGUGACCUGCUGAUUGUGAACAAGACCGAUCUCGCUGAGAUCGUUGGUGCUGACCUCGGCGUGAUGGAGAGAGACGCUAGAAAGAUCCGUGAGGGAGGCCCUACGAUCUUUGCACAGGUCAAGAAGGACGUUGGCGUCAACCACAUCGUCAACUUGAUCAAGAGCGCAUGGAAAGCCAGUGGCGCAGAGGCAGAGCGACGAAGCAAAGGAGGACCCAGACCAACAGAGGGUCUAGAACAAUUGGAAUAA